GCCACGUUGCAGCAACUACGGACCAAAGCUAUCCAUGGACCUGCUCGCUCCCUGCAGUUCAUGCACUUCUCUCUACCGGCAACCGUCGCUUCACCGGCAAAUUACGUCGCCAAAGACCAGCACUCGUAGCUUAAACUCCUUAAAAUGCCGUCGCAUAACAGCAUCUUCGGAGCUCCAGACUCCGGUCGGCGUGACCAGUAAUUCUGGUAACUACUCUUCCUCGAUUCCGACUCACAAAGUCACCGUUCACGAUAGACAACGCGGUGUCGUUCACGAAUUCGUUGUCCCCGAGGACCAGUACAUAUUGCACACAGCGGAAGCUCAAAAUAUCUAUCUUCCUUUCGCUUGCAGGCACGGUUGUUGCACUAGUUGCGCUGUACGUAUAAAAUCUGGACAAAUUAGUCAGCCUGAAGCAUUGGGGAUAUCUGCUGAAUUGAAAUCAAAGGGGUAUGCACUUCUUUGUGUGGGUUUCCCCUCCUCUGAUGUCGAAGUAGAAACACAGGAUGAGGAUGAGGUAUAUUGGCUUCAAUUUGGAAGAUAUUUUGCCCGGGGACCAAUUGAAAGGGAUGACUAUGCAUUGGAGCUAGCUCUCGGUUGUUGCACUAGUUGCGCUGUACGUAUAAAAUCUGGACAAAUUAGUCAGCCUGAAGCAUUGGGGAUAUCUGCUGAAUUGAAAUCAAAGGGGUAUGCACUUCUUUGUGUGGGUUUCCCCUCCUCUGAUGUCGAAGUAGAAACACAGGAUGAGGAUGAGGUAUAUUGGCUUCAAUUUGGAAGAUAUUUUGCCCGGGGACCAAUUGAAAGGGAUGACUAUGCAUUGGAGCUAGCUCUCGGUGAUGAAUGAGCCAUAUAAAAUGCCAAGUAGAUGUUGAGAAUUUACUGAGAAAGGCUUGCGGAUUCACUUUUCUGCCGUCUAUUUCUUUUUUUAUAUUUGAGCUUAGACUUCUUACUCUUUGUUUUAGCCUUCUUAUGUAUAAUGUAUUACAUGGUAAACAUUCCUAGUUGUGUAUGGUUGGUUAAUUGUCUGCUUAUUGCUGGGGAAGACCUAUAAGUGACUGAUAAUGUUUAUUUGCCAUCCAGCUUAUCAAUGAUAUUGUUAUGAUCAGGAAUUUUGAACGUGUAA